GUGCCGGGUAACCCCCCCCCCAGUCAGUGAGCUUAGUGAAGAUGGCGGCGGGCUCCGAUUUGUUGGAUGAGGUUUUCUUUAACACAGAGGUGGACGAGAAAGUAGUUAGCGAUCUAGUUGGGUCCCUGGAGUCUCAGCUUGCGGGUUCGGGUCACGGGAACUCCGAGAGUCGGGGCCCGGUCGUGGGGAACCACAUUGUCAGCGCGGGAGCAGGUAAUGCUAAUGUCCAAGAGAGCAAAAUGGGACUUGCACAAGACCUGGCGAAAGCAGGAGCUGGAGUGCAGGGGGGUGUUAUUAAUAAUACAAGGUCCCAGGGUUCAGCAUUACUAGAUGCAACAACAGGGAUCACUUCAUCUGCAGGGUCUGAGACAUCGCCCGGACACAGCCACGGCAAAUCUGUGGUUGUCAGUGCCAUGACAACCCCUGUGCCCGACCAUGGAGCGGGCAGCGGCAAAACCGGGACGCAUGCAGUGCAAACUUUGAAUGGGAGUAAUGUAACGAUGAACUCUCACAGUUCAGGAAGUCCAGCAGCCGCCAGCACCGUUUGUAACAGCAGCGGCAGUGCACCUGCUGUCACAGUGGUCAACAACGGACCUGGAUCGGUUGUAAAAGGAAAUGUAAAUACUGUUUUACCUGCCACCUCAAACACUGUCAUACAGAGCUCUUUUUUUAAUGCACAGAGUGCUACUUCGACUGUAAUUACGUCUCAGACAACGAGUUUGGGAACCGGACCAACCGUAACACUCGUGAGGCCCCCUAUGCACACAGCCGGACCGGGCACGAUGCUAAAUGGGAAUAACACCGUUUUAAGUUCGACAGUUAAUGCCGCUAACCUCCCUGCGACCGUGGGAUCUGGGAUCUCGUUACAGACUUCUCUUUUAAACAGCAACCCGUCCCCAGCUAGCGUUUGUGCCAGCAUCUCAACCCACGUAAUCAAGUCGGAGUCUCCCAAAACUAUCAUACAAACUACACCGCAAGCAAUGGCACCAAGUGUUGUUGCAAAUGCAGGCAAUUUGUCUCUUGGUCAGCCUAUGCACUCUGGGCUUCAGACUGUACCCCCUCAGCAGCCCUCCACACCUGCAGGAAUCGGCAAGGGUCCGGUUGUCCAAAACGUACCGAGGACUUCCACUCCAACAGCAGUUGCGGCCAAUCCGGGCGCGAUACGAGCAAUUGUUCCACAGGUUUUAGCCCCCCGCAUGGCUCAAACACCCCCAAAUCAGCCAAACAUCCAGAACAUUCAGCUGCCUCCAGGGAUGGUGCUGGUGCGCAGUGACAGCGGCCAGUUGUUGAUGAUCCACCAGCAGACUCUCGCUCAAAUGCAGGCCCAGUCCCAGUCCCAGAACGCCAUGGCUCCGCGCCCCGCCACGCCCACCAGCACUCCCCCUGUCCAGCUACAGGCCCCUGGGACACCCAUGAUUGCCAGGCAGGUGACCCCAACGACCAUAAUCAAGCAGACCUCUGCAGCCCAGACCACAGUACAGGCCACCACCACACUACAGAGACCUCCUGUCGUGCAGCCCCAGAUCGUGCUAGGAGGGGCCUCCACAACCGCUUCAAUAGGAGCAGCGUCCCCGGUGCAGCCAGGAACACCACAGAGAACAGUACCGGGGGCCACAGGGGCCACUGCCACGGAAACCUUGGAAAAUGUGAAAAAAUGUAAGAACUUUCUAUCGACGUUAAUUAAGCUGGCAUCAAGUGGAAAACAGUCCUCAGAGACGGCUGCUAAUGUGAAGGAGCUGGUGCAGAACCUGUUGGAAGGAAAAAUUGAAGCAGAAGAUUUUACAAGCAGGCUUUACAGGGAACUCAAUUCUUCACCUCAACCAUAUCUUGUGCCUUUCCUGAAGAGGAGUCUACCUGCCUUGCGCCAGCUCACCCCAGACUCGGCAGCUUUCAUCCAGCAGAGCCAGCUCCAGCAGCCCAGCAGUCAGACCAGCACGGCGCUCACAGCGGUGGUCCUGGGGUCGUCAGUUCAACGCUCAGCCGGAAAAGCCACUGCCACCCUCACCAGCACCCUCCAGCCUGGGCACACCAAACCAGGGCAGCUCACACCACUGGUUCUCCCGUCACAGCAGCAGGGGACCAUGGUGCGCCCAUCCCAGGUAACCCUGACGCAAACCCCCAUGGUGACUCUGAGGCCGCCCCACAAUCGGAUCAUGUUGAGUACGCCGCAGCAUGUGCAGCUAAAACCUCUUCAGACAGUCCCGGUUAUGAAACAUACAGUAUUACCUGGAAACAAAGGGCUUCCCCCUGGCUUCGCACAGGCCUCCGCUGCACAGAGGAACAAACUCAAAGAAGCUGGAGGAGGUUCCUUCCGUGACGAUGAUGAUAUCAACGAUGUUGCAUCAAUGGCUGGAGUGAAUCUGUCUGAAGAAAGCGCCCGGAUUCUCGCGACGAACUCGGAACUCGUGGGCACGCUAACGAGGUCUUGUAAAGACGAAGCAUUUCUCUCGACUGCGUCGUUGCAUAGAAGACUAUUAGAAAUAGGCAAACAAUAUGGAAUAAUAGAACUGGGGCCAGACAUAGUCAACAUUGUGUCACAUGCAACCCAGCUAAGGUUACAGAGCUUAAUAGAGAAAGUAACAGAGAUUGCGCAGCAAAGGAAUAUAACAUACAAGGGCUGCGUGUCGGUGCUGUGCUUGCAGGAAGAUGAGCGGUACGAGCAGAUUAGUGAUGUGCGCUCACAGCUGAAGUUCUUCGAGCAGCUCGAUCAAAUAGAGAGACAGAGGAAAGAGGAGCAGGAAAGAGAGAUUUUAAUGAAAGCAGCAAAGUCACGAUCACGUCAAGAAGACCCAGAGCAGCUCCGGUUGAAACAGAAGGCCAAAGAGAUGCAGCAGCAGGAGCUGGCACAGAUAAGACAAAGAGACGCCAACCUCACAGCCUUAGCAGCGAUAGGACCGAGAAAGAAGAGGAAAGUGGGUUCACCUGGACCGGGGGCUGGGGCGGAGGGCUCUGGUUCAAGUGGGUCGCUUUCAGGCAGCCCUUCAGUUGCCACGGCGAGGCAGUUCACUCGACAACGGAUCACACGGGUCAGCCUCAGGGACCUCCUCCACUGUUUGGAAAACGAGAGCGAGACAAGCCAUUCACAUCUGCUAUACCAAGCAUUCCUGAAGUAGCACGGGCACCGCUGGCAAGACUCAUGGCUUUCCAUUGGCAGGAGAGAAAGCAUUCAUGGGACACUUAUUAUUAUUUUUUUUAAUAUAUACAUUUUACUGAGAGUGCGCCUUUUUUUGUAACAUGCAGACGGACAGUGGUACAAAAAAAAAAGAAAAAAAUCAGACUUUGGGCGGGUUUGUAUGUGUUUAUAGAAUAAAAUGUAAAAAUAGUUUCUAUAAAAUCUUGUUAUAAAUAUUAUUAUAAUUAUUAUUGUUAUUAUGACAGACUGUGGAUUCUAUGACUGGACAAAUAAUUGUUACUGUUUGUUUAAACUGAGUUGCCUUCUUGCCAAAAUAAGCCAUAUAUUUGUAUCUGAGCUAGAAAGGCUAAGCAAUUAAUAACUACCUUUUGUCUAUCGGUAGCUUUUAAGCACCUGCAAAAUAACGACUCUAUUAUUUAUGUCAGUUUGCUGUAUGUCUUUGAAUUCUGGAGAGCUAUAUAAUGUGUUCUCUUGAUUUGAACAGCGUCUUUGCAUGUCAAAAAAGGCCUGUGAGGCCUAUAAACAAAUCUCCAUUGUUUUGAAUGUUUAAUUUUUAUUUUAUUUUUUAAUAUUACUUGUUUGAUACAUUUCUUAAACUUUUAAUAACUUUUUUUUUCUGCAUAAAUAUAUUUUACUUGCACUGGGUUUGUUUUUUUUCUAGCAAAAUUAAAUAAAAUAGAAAUUGCAAUAAGAAAGAUAUCAAGUCACAAACCGAGAAGUGUUUUUAAGUAUAAAUCAAGUGUAAAUUUAAAAAAAAAAUUAAAAAAUUCUGGAAAUAACUAAAUUGCCAGUAAUUGUAUAUAACUUUGGCACAUAAAUAAUGCUAUGUACAACAUAAUUAUUUUGCUAAAAAAGGACUGCAUUUAAAUAAGACCUACUUUAAAGCAAACGAGUCCAAACCCUUUGUACCUAUUUUUUUAUUAAAUAUACUAAUUUUGUCUUUAUAUUUUUCACAAGUAUUGUAUUGAAAUUGUUUAUCGAUUGUACUUUUAUGAUUGUAAAUACUUUUGUUUUCGUUUUCGUCGUGUGUCGUUUUGUGUUCGUUCAUCAAGGGAAAAAAAAAAACUCUUCAGUGGACUUUAAUGUGUGAACUGAAUGCUAAUCAGUAUUUUUAACAGCUGUUACUUCAUUUUUUUUGUCUUUUACAGAGGAAAAAAAAACAGAAAUCCCAGACCUGUCUCUCCCUCUUUUCUUGUAAAUUUUGCACAGUCACUUGUUUAUAUGUAAAUAUUUUACUUAAAAAAAAAAUAAAAAAAAUAAAAAAAAUUGCUAUUGUUUUAUAUAGGAUUGAAAGAGAAUUAACUCCUUCAUUAAAAACAAAGU